CUGCGCCUGCGCCGGGGGGAGGCCGGGGAAUCGAGGGGGACUAGUCAGGUUGAGGUUAUAAAACACACUUGUUAUUAUACUUUUCUCUCCCCCAGCGCAAAUAUCGUUCGCAGUUCGAAACGCAACCAUGAAUCCUGAUAUCACGAGAGAGCGGCAAAACGCCACCUUCGACGUCGAGAAACUGACCCACAUUUUGGACGGGGGGUAUGAAAAGACCAAAAGAAGGCGAGAAAUCGAGGCGAUGGUUUUCAGCGACCCAGACUUUAAGGAAGAGGACCCAAACUUCCUGUCCCGCAGUGAGCGAUAUGACCAGGCUGUUAAAAAAAGUGCCCAAAUGAUCCUGAAGCUCAGAGAGUAUGGCAUCGCAGACCCGGAGGAAAUCUACUGCUACAAGAAUAUGGUUCUUGGCCACCACCACGAGGCCAUGGGGCUGCACUUUGUCAUGUUCCUCCCGACCCUGUACAGCCAGUGUGACCCUCAGCAGGCCAGGAAGUGGUUACCUCUGGCAGAGUCCCUCCAGGCCGUGGGCACAUAUGCCCAAACAGAAAUGGGUCACGGCACACACCUCAGGGGGCUUGAGACGACGGCCACGUACGACCCAGCCACGCAGGAGUUUGUCUUGAACAGUCCCACAGUCAGCUCCAUCAAAUGGUGGCCAGGAGGACUUGGAAAGACCUCCAACCAUGCAAUAGUUCUAGCCCAGCUUUAUACACAGGGAAAUUGCCACGGCCUGCAUGCUUUUAUCGUACCCAUCCGUGACUUGGAUACACACGUUCCCCUGCCAGGUAUUGUGGUUGGAGAUAUCGGCCCCAAGUUUGGCUUCAGUGAAGUUGACAACGGCUUCCUGAAAUUGGAGAACGUGCGAAUCCCACGAGAGAACAUGCUGAUGAAAUUCGCCAAGGUGGAGGCAGAUGGAACCUAUCUGAAGCCACCGAGCACCAAGCUGACCUACGGCACCAUGGUGUUCAUCCGCUCCUUGUUGGUAGCGGAGUCGGCGCGGGCCCUCUCCAAAUCCUGCACCAUCGCCAUCCGCUACAGUUCUGUUCGACAUCAGUCUGAAAUCCGGCCGGGACACCCAGAGCCUCAGAUCCUUGAUUACCAGACACAGCAGUACAAGUUGCUGCCUUUGCUGGCCAUGGCCUAUGCCUUCACGUUUGUUGGCCAGUACAUGAGACAGACCUACCACCGCAUCAGUGGAGACAUCAACGAGGGGGACUUCAGUGAGCUGCCCGAGCUCCAUGCCCUGUCUGCGGGUCUGAAGGCCUUCACUACUUGGGCGACAAACUCUGCCAUCGAGGUGUGCCGCAUGUCCUGUGGCGGCCACGGCUACUCGCGCAGCAGCGGCUUGCCGGAUAUUUACGUCGAGUUCACCCCUACGUGCACCUACGAAGGAGAGAACACCGUCAUGAUGCUGCAGACCGCGAGAUACCUGGUGAAGAGCUACCGGCAGGCUCAAGCAGGACAGCAGCUGAGCGGCAUUGUGUCAUAUCUGAAUGACCUAAAACAUCAGAGGGUCCAGCCGCAGCCGGUUGCUGGCAGACCCACUGUGGUAGACAUAAAUGACCUCGCCAGCCUGGUGGAGGUGUACAAACAGCGAGCUGCUAUUCUAGUUGAGCUGGCAGCUAAGAGCAUCCAGCAGGAGUUGCAUCACAGCAAGAGCCAGGAGGAUGCCUGGAACAACAGUGCUAUUGACCUGGUCAGAGCCUCUGAUGCCCACUGUCACUACGUUGUAGUGAAGCUUUUUACCGACAAGCUCGGGGAGGUCAGUGACACCGCGAUACACUCUGUGAUGUCCACACUUGCUCUGCUGUACGCCCUGCAUGGCAUCACAAAGAACUCUGGAGACUUCCUACAGGCUGGACUGCUGAAUGUGCCCCAGGUGCUGCAGAUUUCUAAUAGAAUCAAACAGCUACUGUCUCAGCUGAGGCCCAACGCUGUGGCUCUGGUCGAUGCCUUCGAUUUCCACGACAACAGGCUGAAGUCGGUCCUCGGACGAUAUGAUGGCAACGUCUAUGAGAACUUGUUUGAGUGGGCGCGCCGAUCCCCGCUAAACUCCACAGAGGUCCAUGAAUCCUUCCACAAGUACCUGAAGCCCCUGCGGGCCAAACUGUGAGCUGAGCCCCGAUUCCUCGAUUCCUGGCUGAAACCCACCAACACAGCAUACACGAGCACAACCUUACCACAACAACACCUAAUGAGUUGAUCACUAUUCUCAGCCACUCUAAAGGCAAUCUGUAACGCGUUGGAGCCGUCGGCACUGAUUCACUAUUCACAAUACACUUCACAGUGGGCUCUAAACAGGGUGGACACAAAUAAUCUAAAGACAGUCUCACGAUUGAGGAGAAUAGAAGCAAAAGGGGAAUGGAAAGUCUCUAGUGAAACCAUUAUUUUGUGUAAAAAGUAGCUUCAAGCUUACUGAAAAAAACAAUCAAGUAUUUGCACAUUUCAUUAUUCCUGUAGAUUGAUUAAUUUUUUUUUUUCACUUAUCCCCAACUUUUCUUUUGGCUUCUUCUGCGUUCCUGAUAGAUCUUCAUUGUGAGCAAGCCGUCUUGUUUUACUAACAACAACACAACGUUACACAUAUCAGUGCUUUAUAUUAGGAACAAACUCGCAGCAACAUCCCAGAACUGUUUCCCCUGACAACGAGACGGCUGACAUUUUAUCGGAUUGGACACUGCCACUCGUCAUCAUCAAAGAGGCAGUCGUUUAUCCUUUUGUCUUUGGCCAACCACCAAAUCUAACAUCUAACCUACGAAACACCAAGUGAAGAUAUAAAAUGUCCCAUCUAAAACACUGACCAAAAUAUUUUAAAAGCAUCAUUAGGUAAAACCUCCUAAUUUAAACUUGCUGUUCUCUUGAGCAGUAAGAAUGUAAAAUGCCUUAAGCUUCACUGUCCCACAUUAAGUCGAUACAUCCGUUAAAGUGUACACUUUUAAGAAUCAAAUACUCUCCCUUUUAGGCUUCCUUUUGUAGAGAACGGCUCCUGGGGUCAACUUGAAUUCAGUCACAGCAGCGUUACAUUUAAAGUCAUCUGUGGUAAAACAAUUUGCCUUUUGCGCUGAGCCCAAUCACACCUUGUUCUGUAUAAUGAUAACAUCAUUCUCUAAUGAUCCACCUAACCGAUACCAGCGUGUAUGUUGUAUACUUAACUGUACUUUGACUGAACUGGAGCUCAAUAGAGGGAAGAGGGACCAUCAAGACACUACGAACGUGAGAAAGUGGGAUUAUUUACCUGAUUUACUAGAGAUGAAAUCAAUCACUAAUUGAUAAUUAGUUCUAAAUGCCUCAAUUUCUGAGACACAUUUGACAUAUUUUCUGAGAGAAAAUAUAUGUCAAAUGUGUAAGAGCACCUCUGGGGACAAGUUAUAUAAAUGUAUGACUUGUAAGGUGUUACUUUUUUUUUUUUACUAAUGUGAGUUAGUGAUCUCCCUUCAUAUGGUUCAUGAAGAGCAAAACCCCAUUUCAAACCACACACACUCUAAGUAAAUCAGUUGUUAAUAUGCUUCAGUGUUUAAAUCCUGCUGUAAUUCUGCUUCAUAUACAAAGCAAUCUGCCAACUUAAUCUUUAUUUUAAUUUGUAUGAUUCAUUCAUUGAUUAUAAACUUUCACAAAAAGCCUGUAAUAAAGGAUAAAAACAUGUGUGCCCUUGGUUAAUCUCAGUGGGAAGGAGUUUAUUUUUUAUCACAUUGUAACUAAAUUCAACCAUCUGGUGGAUAAAACAACAAAAAGACUCCAGUAAAAUUGAUGGAUGUUUUUACAUUUUUUCAUUAUUACUCCAAUGACCCAAUUAUGAUGAGGAGGAAAACUUCAAUCUAAAUGCUCAAUGUGAACUGUAAAGAUGAUUUGUGAGGUAAUUGUGCCUGUAGAAUUUUUUUUGUUAAUGUCAUUAAUUUAGUUGAUUGAGUGUUUAAUACAAGGCAAUUAUUGUUUCAUGUCUGCAUUUGUAUGAUCUGUCAAUAUCAGCCAUAGCGAUAGCCAUGGCAUGAUUAUCAAUAUGUAACUAAGCUCUUUAUUAACCAUAUUUGUGUGAUCAUGGUUUAUUGAAUAUUGAUGAUUUUAAACAAUAUGAUUCUAAGGGUAAAUGAUUUUGACAAGCAUUGUCAUUAACUUGGGAAGUUAAUUAAUAAAAAACUAAACUGAG